GCUAGUGGUGUGAUCGAGAUUAACGGGCAGAGAGGGGGGGUCCCUUGCGAAUGCACAUCGCUAGUUAUAGCGGUGCAACGGAAAUACCCCACUUUUAUUUUAAUCGUAUUUUUUUUAUUUAAACACUCAUCCCCUCCACCUUUCCGUUCACCACAACAUGCAACACGUAGUUGGCUAUUAGUAGUAACUGUUACAGUGAAAGCUAGCUAGUUAGUUAGCCUGCUAACGUUAGCUAGCCUCCCAGACUCAGCAGCUACGAUAAACCCCAACGUUGCCAGUUUGCUACAUGGUUUCCUGAGGGAAAACAGGCCACGAAAGAAUCAACCAUCAACGGCGAGAUACGGUCUAUUUUGGAUGCCAACCUAGCCAUUGCCAUGCUACCCCAAGCGGUACCACAUCUGUUACCUGUGAACUGCUCAAUUAGCUAGCUUGCACUGCGCCGGGCGGACCGUGCCGAACCUCCGAGUUCAUCCUGCGCUCUUGCUGGACUGCGCUUUGGAGACUAACCUCACUGAAGACCCGAGUUUUGACGGGGAUUUAUUGCAAAAACGACACUACCCUUGUUAUUAGGAUAUCUCACCCAUCAGAGGGGUGACAGUUUGGGGGUGGGGGGGAUUGGUUUGCCGGUUCUUAUUUUGCCCGGUACCUGUGGUGGAGGCUAGGACGGAGGGAGAGAGGGAAUGCUGAUAAUGGCUGCUCCGGGAAGCUGGAAACGAACCUCCGCCUGAGGUGGAAGCAGCUCAGGAUGCAAGCCCCCCUCCUCUACCCUCUGCCAGCCUGCCGCCUUGGGCUUCUCCCCCGCUGAGCCAACCAUGUCGAGCCAGCACAGCCACCCCUCCUUCAGCAACAUCCACUCCAUGGCUGAACAGCAGCAGGUGCUGUCUGAUGCGACCAUACUGCAGAGGAGGAUCCCUCCAAGUUUUAGAGAUCCCGCCAGCGCACCGCUGAGAAAACUCUCUGUCGAUCUGAUCAAGACUUACAAGCACAUCAAUGAGGUGUACUACACGAAGAAGAAGCGGCGUGCCCAGCAGGUACCCCCGGAGGACUCGAGCACUAAGAAGGAGCGGAAGGUGUACAACGAUGGCUACGACGACGACAACUACGACUACAUCGUCAAGAACGGGGAGAAGUGGCUGGACCGCUACGAGAUUGACUCGCUCAUCGGCAAGGGCUCCUUCGGGCAGGUGGUGAAAGCAUAUGACCACCACGAGCAGGAGUGGGUGGCCAUCAAGAUCAUCAAGAACAAGAAAGCCUUCCUGAACCAGGCCCAGAUAGAGCUGCGACUGCUGGAGCUCAUGAACAAACAUGACACCGAGAUGAAGUACUACAUAGUCCACCUGAAGAGGCACUUCAUGUUCCGGAACCACCUGUGCCUGGUGUUCGAGCUACUCUCCUACAACCUGUACGACCUCCUGCGCAACACCAACUUCCGCGGCGUCUCUCUCAACCUGACCAGGAAGUUUGCCCAGCAGCUGUGCACGGCGCUGCUGUUCCUGGCCACGCCCGAGCUCAGCAUCAUCCACUGCGACCUCAAGCCCGAGAACAUCCUGCUGUGCAACCCCAAGCGCAGCGCCAUCAAGAUCGUGGACUUCGGCAGCUCCUGUCAACUAGGCCAGAGGAUCUACCAGUACAUCCAGAGUCGGUUCUACAGAUCUCCGGAGGUGUUGCUGGGCAUGCCCUACGACCUGGCCAUUGACAUGUGGUCCCUGGGCUGCAUCCUGGUGGAGAUGCACACGGGAGAACCCCUCUUCAGCGGCUCCAACGAGGUGGAUCAGAUGAAUAAGAUAGUGGAGGUACUGGGGGUCCCUCCCAACCACAUGCUGGAUCAGGCUCCCAAAGCACGGAAGUACUUUGACAAGCUGUCCGACGGCCUGUGGACCGUCAAGAAGAACAAGGACAUAAAGAAGGUACUUUACCCUUCGGCCUCUGAGUACAAGCCUCCUGCGACGCGGCGGCUCCAUGAGAUCUUGGGGGUGGAGACCGGGGGUCCUGGCGGGAGGCGGGGCGGAGAGCAGGGGCACGCUCCCUGCGACUACCUGAAGUUCAAGGACCUGAUCCUGCGCAUGCUGGACUACGACCCAAAGACGCGCAUCACGCCCUUCUACGCGCUGCAGCACAACUUCUUCAAGAAGACGACGGACGAGGGCACCAACACCAGCAGCUCCACCUCCACCAGCCCGGCCAUGGACCACAGCCACUCCACCUCCACCACCAGCUCCGUCUCCAGCUCCGGUGGAUCUAGCGGUUCUUCCAAUGACAACCGGAAUUACCGGUACAGUAACCGGUACUACAACAGUGCAGUUACUCACUCAGACUACGAGAUGCAGAGUCCACAGGCUCCAUCUCAGCAGCAGCUACGCCUCUGGCCGGGUGGAGAGGGGGGCAUGGGUCCCCUGUCCAACAGCGGCAGUAGCGUCGGCGACCCCCCAUACCCCCAGCUGCUGCUGCACAAGCCGGCGGCCACGCAGCACUCGCGCCACUUCCUGGGAGGCGGCGGCGUCGGGGGCAUGAUGGAACCACACCACCCGCACCCCAUCUAUGGCGGUCACCACGGCAACGGGCGGGGCCUGCGGCAGACUGGACAGGGGAACCAGCCCCAGGGCCAGGCUUCACAGGGCCAGCAGGGCCAGCCCCUGAUGCCCAUCUCCUCCCCACAGAUGCCGGAUAGCAUCGAGCUCAGCCUCACACACCACCACCAUCUGGGUCAGUCUUCCAUCAUGCCGCCCCCAUCCAGCUUGGACUCCAGCCAGUACGGCUCCUCCAACCUCCACCUGGGCCUCUCUGCCUUUCGGACUAGGACGGUCAUGGCCCCCCAGCCGCCCCCCGCCGGCUCCCAGCAACAGUUGGCCCAGCCCCCAGCCUCUCAGGACAGCUUGGUCGCUGCCUCCGGGCUUGGAUACAUCCCCCCAUGCUACCCGGGCAGUAACAACAAUAACAACCCUCCCCAGGGUAGCGUGGUCGGGGGCGGGAUGCUCACCGGGGGGCCCCCACCCAGGGGAGUAGGGGGCAGCGGGGGGAGGCCGGACUCUGAGGAGUCCACCAUGAUGGGUGUGUGCGGCAGUGGAGGCGGUGGUGGUCAGAAUGCGGCCAACUCUUGAUAAAUCUUGAACAAAUUCCAAAAGCCAUACAAUUUUAACAACGACAACAUUACAAUUUCAACACGCAUACACAUUAUACACACUUGAGUUUGAAACAAAUACGGCCACACAUACAGUUACAGAGAUAAACUUGUGAAAUAUCAAAGGAAUUUAGUUUUGUUUUGCAUGGGAGAAGGUCGAGGGAGAGUAAGAGAGGCUUUGAAACCAUUUUUAUCCUUUUUUCAGUUUCUUUGUUUUUCUUUUGUUGAAGGUAAGAAACGGGGCUCAGUAGUUGGAAUGGAAAGUUUCAGAUAAGUUUGUUUUUAUUGUUAUUAUUAUAUUAUUUGAUUUUAUGUGAUUUAAGGAAAGGUUUGCAGCGAGAUUUUUGUUGUUUGGGUUGUUUUUUGGAAUGAAGACCGCAAAGGUAAAUGAAUGGUUUGAAAAGUGGUAAUUGUUGGUUAAGAAGAGGGAGGCACGAGAGAAUACCCUUAUGCUAUUUUUAAAAUCUAUUUUUUGAAGUCUAGGUUUAAUUGUACAUGUUUUAUUUAUUAAACAUCACUACACGAGGAGGAGGGUAAGUGGGGAGAUCGGAAGAGCGCUAAAUUGAGAGGUGGUUUAUUUAUUCAUUUUUAUUUGAAUUUAUACAGGUUUAGUUUUAUUUGCUGAUGGACAGAAAACACUUGCGCAUACACAGAAAAACAAACAAACUAGGGUCUUUUUAGUUUGUUUUUUAGUUCAGUAUAUCUCACCCCCGAAACACACACACACACACACUUUUGUUAAAAAAAAAAUCUUCUCUCGCUUGACACUGGCUUAUAUAUCUGAAACUAUGAAACAGAUCAUAGAAAUAAAAUGACAAAAACCGUAGUCACCACACAGUGAGAAACUAUACGAUGAGGAGGCUGAAACAUUUGACGAAGUGAGACGCUUUCAAGAGGAGAGGGGUAACAGAACUUCUACACAAAAGGAGGAAGUGAUUCAAGAAGAACAAAAAACAACUAAACAUUUUGCCACAAGGAAAACCAAAAUGCUUCCCUGUUGUUUAAAAAGAAAAUAGUCUGCCUUCUACUUCAACAUCUAACCAGAAUCUUUCACCCUCUUUCUCUCUCUCUUUUCUUACUCACUUUUGUUUUGGACCGUAAACUACAGAAACGUAACACACAUUUUGGGUUGGAUUAACUCUGGAUAUGCUAAGCCAAAUCUUGCUCACUCUGUCUCGAUCUCUCGCUCUUUUCUUUCUCCUCUCUGCCCCAUUUUUCUGUUGGAAGGGAGGGGGACAAUAUAUAGCAGGAGGGAGGAGUACAUACUUAUGAGGGGACACUUUCAUGCCCUCCUUACCCCUACAGCCCCCAUGACUCUGACUUCUCUGGCCUCUUUUUUCUUUCUCCUGUCUUUUUUCUCCCCUUCCCUCCCUCCUUCACGGCACUCUGUGAGUGCUGUUUGCCAUCAAGUAAAAAAAAAAAAAAAAAGUGAACUACUCUCUCGGCUGCUAUCUCCACUUUCAACCAUGUUCGGAUUGCUGCUAAAGAAAACAAACAGACAGAUAAAUAAAAAUAAACUUUUUAACCCUCCUGCUUCAGAAAAAAUGGAAAAAUAAACCACUGCAUCUCAUGUAUUUAUUACUAUUUAACAAGAAAAAGAAAAGGUAAAAAUUAACCUGUUUUCUUCUGUUUUUUGUUUGGUUGCCUUCUUCCUGCUGGUGAAAGUUGGGCAUUGACUAAAUGUAACAGUUAAAGGUGGUAUUAAAACACUCUUAGUUUAAGUCAGCCACUGGGCGGGGCCUGAAUGGGGAACCUGGGUAAGAAUAAAGUUGGAUAUAUAAGAAUAAAGAGUAUACUUUUGCACACAAAGGUCAAAUGCAAAUCACAGCUUUCAGUCGACAGACCCUCAUCUGAGCAAUGUGCAUACAGUAGCAGGCCUACCACAAAGACAAACUGUUGAUGUGGCAAGCAAAGUGAUCACUGACAUGGCAUAAUAAAUCUGAGAUUUGCGUUUGACCUCAA